CAGCCACAGACACCCCACCCAAUAAUUUCCCACACACUUUAGAUGAAGUGAGAAGCAAGCAGUAAUUUUGGGCAAUGGCGGCAUCCUCCGCGACGCAGUGCUUCGCCAAUCGCUCCACCAAGAUCAUCAAUGCGCCCGGCAAGAAUCGAUGCUCCUCCUCCCUCUCCACCGCCAGCAGGGGUCUUGCCAUCGGCAGUAAUCGGGGUUUCCAGCAGCAGCAUUGCAGGAAUCUAGGGAUUAGAGCGGCCGUGAGCGUCGAAUCGACCACAGACAAGAAGAAGAGCGGCAGUAGGAAUCAGUAUCAGCUCAACACGCUCACGAAUUGGCUGCUCAAGCAAGAACAGGCAGGGAUUAUCGAUGGCGAGCUCACGAUCGUGCUGUCGAGCAUCGCCGUGGCCUGCAAGCAAAUCGCGGCCCUAGUCCAGCGCGCCGGGAUCUCCAAUCUCACCGGCGUCCAGGGCGCCGUCAAUGUCCAGGGCGAGGAUCAAAAGAAGCUCGAUGUGGUGUCCAACGAGGUUUUCUCGAAUUGCCUGCGCUCCAGCGGUAGGACGGGUAUCAUCGCGUCUGAGGAAGAGGAUACGCCUGUGGCCGUGGAGGAGAGCUACUCUGGCAACUACAUUGUGGUGUUUGAUCCCCUGGAUGGAUCAUCCAACAUCGACGCCGCUGUCUCCACGGGCUCAAUCUUUGGAAUCUAUCACCCAAGCGAAGAAUGCCUGGCGGAUUUCGACUCGGACUCCGACUCACUCACUCCAAGCGAGCAGAAUUGCGUGAUGAAUGUGUGCCAACCGGGGAAGAACUUGCUAUCAUCUGGCUACUGCAUGUACUCGAGCUCCGUGAUCUUCGUUCUCACGGUUGGAACCGGCGUGUAUGGCUUCACGCUGGACCCGAUGGUGGGCGAAUUCGUGCUCACCCACGACAAGAUCAAGAUCCCGGACAAGGGAAAGAUCUACGCUUUCAACGAGGGCAACUACGCGCUGUGGGAUCCCAAUCUCCAGAGCUACAUCAACAGCUUGAAGGAUCCAGGGCCGGCCGGGAAGCCUUACUCGGCUCGCUACAUUGGGAGCUUGGUGGGCGAUUUCCACAGGACGAUGCUCUACGGCGGGAUCUAUGGCUACCCCCGCGACAAGAAGAGCAAGAAUGGGAAAUUGAGGCUCCUCUACGAGUGCGCUCCCAUGAGCUUCUUGGUGGAGCAAGCCGGCGGCAAAGGGUCGGAUGGAUCCGGAAGAAUUCUGGACAUCAAACCAGAACAGGUUCACCAAAGAGUUCCUUUGUACAUAGGAAGCAGGGAAGAGGUGGAGAAGCUCGAAAAGUAUCUCUCGUCAAUGUAAACACACCUAUUCUCAAAAUUUUGAAUUUCAAAUUUUCAAAUUCAAAAUUUUAAAAGUUUCGCGCGCUAA